CAGAUGGUCACUCAGUUAGCCGGGUUGCUAACCUAAAUAUCAUAGUUUUGCUGUCGCGUUAUCGAAAAUUGACACAGCCAAGGAAACUUAACGCGGAGCCACUUAAGCUUUAGCGGAGUAAAAUCUCAGGUUGCUGUGUCACUCAGUGUGUCUUUGCCAAGAAGUUUCCACACGCUCUGACCCUGACUUGCCAGGAGGCGUGCACACACACACACACACACACACACACACACACACACACACACUCACACACACACACACACAGACAGACACGGACAAACACUAAAGCUAAUUUUACAAAAAUAAAAGACUGUAUGCACACAGCCUCCAGCACAAACUAACCAGCCACAGCAAACACAUUCAAAGACCAACUCUGACUCACGACUGCAACCAACAACACACAUAACGCCACUCCCUGCCUUCCACCUCUUCUGCUCCUCCUCGCUCCUCCCUGUACCUCUGGAGCUACGCAGAACUUUUUGUUUUCUCCUGAUUUUUGAAUCUUCAACAGAGGAACAGCUCUUCUGCUGAGCAACUGGCGGCGUGAUGUCCACAGGAUAAAAUGUAUGGAAUAUAUUUUUAUAUCAUCUUUUUGGAUAUAUUGAUCUCAUUAUAAUGAUGAUUCCUGCCACCAACUCAAUUAUUUGUGAUCCUUUGGCUUUGAACCCAGAAGGAGCUCACCUGCAAAGAUGCACUUUGUUUAAUUAUUCUGGAUGCCUUUGGCUUCACUUACGCAGUGAGUGAGCAAGAUGAAAAUAAUGGACAUUAUAUGUUCUAUUAGCAUAUGAUAAUAACAUAGUAUAUUUCUGCGCAUAUCGGAUAUAGUAGCAAUAAGUGGUACACACUGAUACCAACCAUUCUGCACAAGAAAUCCAUUAUAAGACUGAAAUGGGAGGAGAAGCAGAGGAGAGGGAGGCCUCUGGCCCUCAGGAGAAGAGGAAACCCAAGGAAGAAGAGAGUGACAGCGAGAAGGAGGUGGAAGAAGAGGGCAGAGGCAUGCAGAUCCCUCUGCAUCGCUGGAUAAUGCACGGAGCAGUGAUGUUUGGACGAGAGUUCUGCUAUGCCAUGGAGACAGCCCUGGUGACGCCAGUACUGCUGCAGAUAGGUCUUCCUGAACAGUAUUACAGUUUAACCUGGUUUCUCAGUCCUAUCUUGGGUCUCCUCUUCACACCUGUGAUUGGCUCAGCCAGUGACCGCUGUACUCUGCGAUGGGGCCGCAGAAGACCAUUCAUUCUGGCGCUGUGUGUAGGUGUGCUGCUGGGAGUGGCGCUCUUCUUAAAUGGAUCAUUAAUAGGCCUUUCGAUUAGUGAUAGUCCCGGCAGUCAGCCGAUUGGCAUCGUCCUCACAGUAGUAGGUGUGGUGGUGCUGGACUUCUGUGCUGAUGCCUCUGAGGGACCAAUCAGAGCUUACCUUCUUGAUGUUGCCGAUACUGAAGAGCAAGACAUGGCUUUGAAUAUUCAUGCCUUCUCUGCUGGGCUUGGCGGAGCAGUGGGCUACAUGCUGGGUGGACUAGACUGGACUGGCACAGCUCUGGGUCAAGCAUUUAAAUCCCAGGAACAGGUCCUCUUCCUGUUCGCAGGCAUCAUCUUCAUUAUCUCUGUCACACUGCACAUGCUCAGCAUCCCUGAGCAAAACUUUGCUCCAUCAAAUCACAUUAAAGGCACAGGAAGUGGGGAGUCUCUCAGCCAGCUGUCUUUCAGGCCCGUUAACAACACGCCACCUUCACUUGAUGUGAUUGCAGAGGAAGUGGCUUCAGCUCAAGCCCCGUCCAGAGAGGGUAACCUGUCAGAUUCCGAGAAUGAGGAAAUGGAUUUUCUUGCCGUGGAGCGAGUGCGGAGUAAGAGCGAUUCAAUCUUAGCCAUGCCAGAUGCUACGAUCGAGUUGGAUUCUGAUCUCGAACCAGAUGUACAGCUUUUCCUGCCAGAGGUGCAUCACUUUCUACCAGAGAUACAGGGAGAUCUAGAAGAUGUUUUCAAGCCAUCAGACCACAGUACUGGGUCACCGUCUCCUUCUGGUGGACCACCUGCCCUUCAUGAUGGGAUGGUGACAUUAGAGCCUAAAAAUCCAGCUUGGCCUGAACUUAAGGGUCCAACAAACGGCCCUUCUUCUCUCCUUCAGAAUAGUUCUGGCUCAAAGGACUCAUAUCUGAAAACACAGGUCAAAGCUGCCAACGGUGUCAAUGCUCGCUUGUCUUCUGAUCACUCCAGUGCAAUGAAAGGCCACGCCUCCACUAGGCUGCCAAACCGCCCCUCCAACACCUCAGUUUCAUCACGACCACACUCACACACCUUCUACAGACAGCCCUCCUUCACUUUCUCCUACUAUGGACGAGUGGGAUCACAGCGCCAUCGACUGAAAAGGACAGCACCACUGAGCCCUCGACCAAUCACCACCUCACGCAGUCUGAAUGAUCUGAGUGAACUCCAGCGGUGUGCAGACAGGCGGGAGUUGCAGCUGUCAGCUAGCAGUCUGUCAUCUGAGGGCUCCAGCAUUGAGGGAGGACCAGAUAAGGGUACAACUGUUCGGCUGCUCUGGUUGUCCAUGCUGAAGAUGCCGAGGCAGCUUUGGAGACUAUGUGUGUGUCACCUUCUCACAUGGUUCUCCAUUAUAGCUGAAGCUGUGUUUUACACCGAUUUCAUGGGGCAAGUCAUCUACCAUGGAGACCCCACGGCACCAGCUAAUUCCACAGAACUGCUAAAUUAUCACAGAGGAGUGCAGAUGGGCUGCUGGGGCCUGGUGGUCUAUGCUGCUACUGCUGCGGUCUGCUCUGCAAUCCUCCAGAAGUACCUGGAUAAUUUUGAUCUGAGCAUUAAGAUCAUCUACAUUGUUGGAACUCUGGGAUUCUCCACAGGAACUGCUGUCAUGGCAAUCUUCCCUAAUGUUUAUGUUGCCAUGGUGAUGAUCAGUACCAUGGGCAUCAUCUCCAUGAGUAUCUCCUACUGUCCCUAUGCAUUACUCGGGCAGUACCAUGAAAUCAAAGAGUACAUUCACCACAGUCCAGCAAACACAAGAAGAGGUUUUGGUAUUGACUGCGCCAUCUUAUCCUGCCAGGUCUAUAUCAGCCAGAUUUUGGUUGCUUCGGCCCUUGGAGCUGUCGUCGACGCAGUCGGCAGUGUGCGUGUCAUUCCUGCAGUGGCCUCUGGGGGCGCCUUCCUUGGCUUCCUUACUGCCUGUUUCCUCGUCAUUUAUCCUGACAUGGAGCCCAGCAGUUCAGAGCAGGAGCAGGGCUUGGUGGGUUUCCCUGGAGAUUUAGACCCAAACGGAGGAAGGACCAGUGACCAGAGGUUGGCUCUGCUGAACCUCACAGACGGAGAUAGUUUAAAGAAGACAGAGAAUCACUCUGUUGCCUAAGCAUUAACAUGUAAAGAAACAUUAAGGUUUCUCCUCACUAAGCACAAACCACAGCAUGUGGGAAUUGUACCAAACGUCUGUGCCAUUCUACAGGAGGAAAGAGGGAUAACAUGUCAGAAAGCUGACUUCAGAAAUCUAGGUGGGAUGGAUUUCGAUGGAUUAUCUUCUUGGAUUAGAGGACUGAAAAGAAGAAACAAUCUCAGUGUUGGGCUGCUAUGUUUGACUUAUUACUACCUCAGCCUUAAAACAAAUAAAUGUUUGCAUGGUUAGAUGGAUAGAAGUAAGCCAUAAAGUUACAACUGGUGCAAAGCGGUGCAGAGUGCAGCGCAACUGUCAUUGAUAGUUUCAGAGUGAUGAAGCUGUCAUUUUCACAGCCAGUGCCCACAUUGUAAAAGUAGCAAAUGUUCUUGCGCCCAUCUGUGCAUCCAUGGGCCUAUAGGUUAAAUAUGGUAUGAUCAGGCACAUUUUUGGCAUUUAGAGGCAUAAAGUUGUUGCGUCAUUGACCAACAACAACCUGGUCUGAAGUCAGAGCCGCUUCAUUUACUUGUUAUUUCGUUAUUCGUUAUUCGUUAUUUCGUUAUACUUGUUGAGUCGUUAUUCAAAUUAAAAGAUGUGCCUUCAUAGGCAGGUUUACAAGGUGUGCACACUCACUUGUUACACACAUGUUGAUGGUUUGAAUUUGGACAAAAUACACACACACACACACACACACAGUAUAUAUUCUCUACAAUGUCAACAGAGCAGAGAUCAGAGCAGAGCUGCUAUCUGACUUCAUAUUAAGAGAUAUGACGGCUUAACUUCAUUGAUUUUUUAAGUAGCUAAACAUUUAGUUCUGAUUCCUCUGUCAAGUUUAUAACUGCAUAUUUUAGAUUUGCUGCUUAAAUGUUCCACAAAGUUUACAUUACAUUAUUGCUCUUACUGCAUUAUUCUCAGCAGAAAUCUCCUGCUUCUCCAUCUGUAAAGCCCACCAUGAUAAUAGCAAUGCGACAGGUAUGUACAUGUGCAAAGGGAAUAAAGGGAAUGGGAGAUGACUCUCUGAUUGGUGGACUUUACGUUUUGCCUACAACACACCAAUGAUUAAAUAAGCGACUAAAUACCACCCCUUUGCCCCUUGUACCUUACUUUGCACCCAAAUAAUUUCCCAUCAAACAUGGAAAAAGUGGAGUUGGAUGCACCCUAAAUGCACUUAGACCAUGCUCUAUAGAUUUAAAAAUAGCUCUAAGGAAAAUGAGAAGUGUAUCAGUCUGAAACUAUCGAUGACAGUUGUGCUGCGUUGUGCGAGCGGUGUAAGAUAGAGCACUAAGAGCCACUUGACAGUGAGUCUGUCAGACUGUUGAAACUAACCGCUCGUACUGAAACAAACGUGAGCCUCCUUUGCAAAAACACAAUUGGGAAGCACACACAGCACUUUCUGUCUCACUUCUGAACAUACCUGUCACACCAAUGCUGCAGAAUGAUGUAAUGUGUGAUAUUUUACCUCACAGAAGCUGCUUCAUAACUGCUGAAGGGACAAUCAUAGUGCUGUGAACUUGUGCAGCUUAUUGAUGUAAAUAUUUACUUCAGUCUGUGAAUGGAAUAUCUUAAUAUUAUAAUAUUAUUUUAAAUGCCCAGUUUCCAAAACACAGAUAAAGCCUUCCACAUAUGCUGCAGAUUUAACAAAACAGUUUAAUUUCAUGCAUUUUUAAAAAAAUUCACGUCAAAAAUGUUGGAAUCUGUUACAUAGCAAGUCAGUGUGUUUUUACGCCUGUACAGAAACUGAAAUUCAGAAUGCCACAUUUUCCUGUCGUGCCAUUUCAAACAUGAGACAUUAUAUAAUGUACUUAGGAAAUUAAACCAGGAGCUGUGAUAAUGUAUUUUUGGCCUUAUGGUUCAGUCUGCAGAUGGAUCUGUUAUCCACAUUGGUUUUAUUUAAAUAACCUACCAAAUUCAAUGCAAAGUCUAAACCAAGACCGAAUUUGUUGUGAAUUUACACUCUAAUCUCUCAAAUUUGACCCCAGGUAUAUUUGGGUUUCAUCGUGAUUUGUAUUGGAGGUGGCAUUCCUUUUACUUUCUAUUGAAUUAAUUCAAAAGGUGUUUUUGAAGAAAAAAGCCAUUCCAGAUACAGUUAAAAUUUGAAACAAGUUCAUCAUAGCGCAUUUAUCAUAAUUCAGUCAGUUAGAAAGUAUAAUUGGAUGGAAAUGCGCUGCCAUAAAGUCAAGUUACAUUUAUUUAUAGAGCACAUUUUAAAACAACAAACGUUGACCAAAGUGCUUCACAAGAAGAUAAAAUAAAUUGGAAGCAUGUUCAAAUAGAAACUCCGGGAAUGAACAAAUAAAGUUAUGAAUAGAGACAGAGCGCAGCGCAUCAUACACCAGAGGCCACACCCAUCAGGUGGGGAAAACUAGUGGCGCCACAUUAUGUAACUGAACAGUGAAAUGCUAACAAAGUGUCUGUAGCUAGCUGGAACAUUUGAUAUCAGCAAGUCAAAUGCAUAUUUUAAAACCUUAUGUCUUACAUGAAAAGCUUCAGACACCUUCAAACAAUACAAAGUUAAAGAAGAGCGAUAGAUUGUUUUCCCCCACGGGAGGGUGAGGGACUUAAAUGCGCUCUGUCUCUAUAGGAGAAAGUAAGAGCAUAUAAUAUCAUGAUACAAAUCAUAAUAACUUAAUUCAUAACACAAAAAUAGCAUUGUGAAAAACAACAAAAUGAAAUGCAGGUAGAGUCAGGCGGUGUGGUCGAGCAUGUCAACAUAAUGAUGGUUAAAAGGCUAAAGAAAAGAGAUGGGUCCUACGGGACUGCUGUUCGCGCUUUGUGUCGGGAGUCUAAUCCCUCCUUUCUGAAGGCUCAUCUCAGGGGAACCUCAUCACUCCUGAACAGGAGAGUUGGUAUCAAAAUCCAGGGAGCCUUAAGUUCACCAACAAGAGCAGUCUAUAUUUUAAUGAGGGCAGUUUAAUAUUAGAUGGUUCUUAACUGUUCCUGAGGCCCUUCAUGCUGCAUAUUGAAUGCUAGAGAGGACCACUUCUAUGCAAGGCCAACGGCUGAUCUAUGCAAACUUGAAAUUCCCAUUGGCUGAGCUGUUUUGACCAAAUGAACCUUAAAAGCACACAAUCUUCUCAGUUCACUUUCCACCUUGUAGAAUUGUUCAACUCGGAAAUAACAACGCCACAAGCGAAGAGAGAUUUUUCAGCAAGAACAUCUCUGUCUGCUAGAAAUUAUGUUUGUAUGUCACCAAACUGCUUUCUUAAUUAUGUUGCAACGUAAUCGCUGCUUUCUUUCAGGUAACCAAACACGACAUUCAUGUACCACGUGAAUGUACAGAUGAAAAAAAGCUUCCUGGCUAAUUCUGGCAUUUUUAUACCUUAUGUAUUUAUUCAUUUGCACUACCCCUAAUGAACUAAACCAAAACCACAUAGGCUCAGAAGGAGGUGGUUUGGGAGGAUGAUGGAUACACACAGUGCAGGACCUUGACACCAGAACUUUGACUUUAUUUCCAGAAUUAGGCAAAAAAACCAAACUCUGGUCAAGGUAAGAAAAGAUUGUGAAUUCAGUUAAAUGUUAUUAAAAGGUUGGCGUAAUACAGUGCACAGCACAGUUGGGCUUCUGUGUGGAAAUAUGGAAGCCAAAGGAAAAGGCUGUGUGGCUGUGUAAAGCGGUGAAAACACUUUAAGUAUAGCAUACACUUAGGCUGAUAUUGAUUUUAUUUAGGUGGGCCUUUUUUAAAGUGGCUAAAAUAUUUUGUGAUGUCCACCCCAAUCCACAGCAGUGUCAUCCUGAGCUUUGAGGUGCGAGCUUCGUCUGUUUCUGCUAACAGGUAGUGCACCGACCACCAUCUACUGUGUGUUAUAGACUGACUAUAGAUGGGUAUCACAUACAGCCCCUCUUUGAAAAUCUUGAACUCUCCCUUUAAGUUAUUUUUUACUAAUGUUUCCCAAGCAAUAUAAGGUGAUAAAUCCUUUACAUUUGCAUGAUGAUAAGUCCCUGGAGAUCAAAAUGGAACAGGAAUAUUUUUUCGUUAAAUCUAAAGACACAUUAAAUCUUUAUUUUUCUCUGUUUAAUCAAAAGACCAGAGAGAAAAGAGGCAGCUGAACCAGCACAUUUGGUUCUAUCUACAGCUGUCAUUCAUUUUACUUUAACUUGCCGUCAUUUGGAUGAGUGAUUUAAUCUCAGCUGGUCUAAAUGUUUCAGAGAUGUUUCUGUUUCACCAAUAAGCUUUUAUGAUGGAAACACUCCAUUUUAGUGCCAGACUACUAGAGUUAUUGAAAUAGUUUUGAUUUUAUACAAAAUGUAAAGACUUUUGGGGUUAUAUUAUGUGUUUUGGUUUGAAAGUCAAUCACUGGUGUGUUUUUUUUAAGCAAUUUCAGGGUUUUUUUGCUACGGCACACACUUUUGUACAAUGUAAACAAGGUAUUUUUGUACCAGUUAUUUGAAAAAAAGACUGAAUGCAACUUCA